AUGAAUUUUUUUCCAGCACCUUUUUCCCUAGGCACAAGCGAUAUGCUGGUUACAGAUAUUUUACCAGUUAAUGUUGAAGAAUGUCCUCAGGAUGUUGAAAAGUCCAUUGUGAGCUGUCAAGUUGGUAAUGUGUUAUACACUAGCAAAUUGAAGUCUACUUUAAGGGAUUCUAAUUAUGCUACCGUUAUCUAUAAUAAAAAGAAGAAAACCGUUGAAGUUAUUCACAAGAAGCCAGAAUUCCUUGAGCCUUGUUUUGAUGAUGAUGUAAUUGAGGUUCCAAAUGCACUAAAAGCUGAUAGAGCUGCUCUCAUCAAUGCCUUUGGUUCUGUCAAAAAACAACGCGCUAUGCGAGAAAUCGAAAGGAACAAGACUCAUAAAGACUCCAUGACAAAUGCUCAGGUUAUUGAUCGUGCUAUGCAUGGACAAGCUCGAUUGAAAGCGAAACUGAAACUAACGGGAUCUGUCCUGAAAAAGAUAUGGAAAGUUCAAAUUCGCAGCCGAGAUCUAAUGCGUAAAGUUCCACUUCCAGAUACACCAAGCAGCGUCAUGAAGCUUCUUCUCAGUCAGUUUACUGCUUUGGUUAAUCGGCAAGGUAUGGGACGUCAGAAAGUACGUGUAAUAUCUCCAAUGCUCCGAGACAAAUUAAUUACGCAUAUGCUCAUUUUAGUACUUCACUGUGACAGUUUUAAAACAGUGGUUGACAAAUUGGCUGUUGAUUUCAAAAUUGGACGUGAUAGAUUAGCUCAAUAUUUCCAGCAUUUGGGAUGCAAAUGUUCAAAAGUUGAAAAUAUCGAGAAUAAGUCAGAAAUAAACAUAUAUGCUGAACUAGUUACACCUGUAAAAUUAUUGACGCUAAAAUCACAUAAGUGAUCUCAUUUACCUCAAUAAAAUUUGAAAUCCUAAGCAGUCGUUCUGGUGAAAAACUUAAUAAAUACUUGGUGGGUGCUUAAAUAUGAAUUGAGACAGUAGGUACGAUAACAAAAAUGAUCCUGACUAGGCCUAUCAUAACAGCAUAAUCUGACUGAGUUUUUGAAGGAUACUUAAACGAAGUGAUGAAACAAGAGAUUGAAUCAGUAGGAUUUAGCAGAUACUUGAUAUAUAUAGUAUUUCAAAAGCUACAGAAAGCUUGAG